AUGCUUCAAAAUUUGAUGAAAGAGUCCGUGUUCGUGUCCACUAUGGAACAUGUUCCGUUCCAUACUUCGACCGUUGACGUCGUUCCCACAUUCGGAAAAAUUUCUAUUUGGAGAAAAGACUGCGGUUUUACUUUCCCCGAAUACGAUCUCCGAUUUGGAACAUUCUCUGCUGACCUGUCCGAUGAAAUUAAGGACGGAAGGAAUGCAUUAAACAUUGCUGUUCAUACUUUGAUUGGACAGGAACGAUGGAAAAUUGUACCUCUUGCUGAAUGGGCCAAAUCAUUCGUCGUUGAGAUGAUCAACCAGGGUAUCGUUAUGGACAGAAAGCGGAUGGAAGCAAUUUUCUUUGCAUGCGUUGGACAGUUAGAAUACAUUGGUAUCAUCCGAGCAAGCAGCGCCACCAAAUUCGCUUCUGUUACGGUUGUUUACCAUCUUCUGAAUUUACCAGUUCGGCCUGUUGAGUUGUAG